ACCCUAACUUUUCCUUUACUUCUUUUUGCACUUUGCGCUGAGUACAGUUUCUCCUGUGAAAUCUACUUAUUUACGUAUUUGAGCUCAGAUUUAACAAGUUCCGUCAACUCAAUAAACUCUUUUAUUGGUGAAUUUGUCGCCGAGGGGCGGGACAUAUUCCUCCGAAUUACGCGGGAACCAGAGUGUAUUCUGUACAGUCCCGACCAGUCCCCAGCAUUUACCGAGAUACUAGAAUGCGGAUUUGGCGCGGUUCGGUGCGCCACUCAAAAUCUAAAGAUUUCAACGCCUGAUCUCAACAUAAUUUCAGUCUUUCUUAAACUUCAAAAUGUGGAGCAAUCGCCUGAGUUUGGUGUCCAUAAUUUUAUGGAUUUCUUUGGUAUCAUGUCGACCUGCAACUCCUACAGACCAGGACCUUAAAGUUAUAUCACAUGUUGAUAAAAUAGAAGAAACCGAUCUUAUAGGUGCAAACAUUGAUUCAUUACUUUUUCAAAUGUACAAUAAUAUUAUUAAAAUAAGAUUAGAGAAUCUUUUACAAGGAGUCGAUUCUCCAAAAUCCGAAAGUACUGACGGUGUCGACUUAUUGUCGAAAUCAGAGUUCCAUGCUGGGUCGCUGUCACUGUCCUCAAGCGACAUUGUUUCCGAAUUAGAGUCGACGAUAAGCCGGGAAAAUCCACCUGAAAAAAUUCAAGUUUUAUUACCAAUACCGGUCACCGAAAUUCCACUCAAGAUCUUUACUUCACUACCAGGCUACUGGCUAGUGGGCUCGGAGCAGGAACAGGAACAGGAACAAGCAGCUGGAACGAUAACUCCGGAAUUUGUGACGGAAAAGGACGUUUUUACGGAAAAAUAUGAUAUAGGUGACCUUUUCUCCUAGAUCCGGAGGAAAUCCUGAAUUUUGAAGAGAAAUAAAGAGCUGUGAUAAUCUGUAUAUGUUAUAACGUUAUUAUAUUUGUCAUUUCAUAGAGAUAAUAUAGAUUCUAUUCUUAAAA